AUGGGUUUUACGUACGAGCAACUGAUGGUCACCAAUCAUUGUUAUUUGGCUUUACCUCCUCAAUACCACAAUGACUACGUAAACCAUCCGUUUGACACUAUGCCUGAUAACGCUGGUAUUGUCAAAGAACGGAAACCCUUUGAAACAAGCCACGCAAUCAGUCAGAGUACGAACGAACAACAUGUUCAGUUUGCAGAUACAGUCGGUGAAUCGUCUCGGAAUCGUCUUGGAAGACCGUACAUCUCGGGAAGGCCGUUGUUGACAUGUGAUCGACUCAAAAUCAUUAAUUUGUAUAGAGAUGGAAUGAAAGUGGUGAAAAUUGCCAGACAGCUGGGCAUAACACACAGUUGUGUGAGCAAAGUGAUACGUAGAUUCAAGGAGACCGGUAAAGUGGAGGCAGUCAGCUCUCGAACCGCUUCAUGUGCAUGCCCCGGUAAUGCGUCCGAACAUGAUGCAUCCAUCUGUCGUCAUAUCGUUUAUCGUAAUCCGAGUGAUAGGCUGAAAAAAUCGAUAUCAUUUACAGUUGAUUGGUUAGAUUAUAACGCUCGUUGCCAUUGCUUUUUUGGGGCUCACAAUUUCGAUGCUCUUGCCUCCGAGCCACAUUAG